CGGAUGUGAGGUAGCAACUGUUCGGACUUCUCGGAAGUUGCAGCCUGUAGCAGAGCAGCGAACUAACAGCCUUACUUUCCCCCUCAGCACAUCCAACCUGUGACUUAUCGCUCUGUUUCACCGAAUGGCUUACCCAGGAUACAGCGCGUAUGGAGGCCCGAUGCCAGGCAUGCCAGCCCAAGGGAUGCCGCCCCAAGGAAUGCCAGCAGGGCCCAUGGGAGGGCCCAUGGGAGGCCCCAUGCCUGGGCACAUGGGAGGCCCCAUGCCAGGACACAUGGGGGGACCAAUGGGAGGCGCGCCACCCCAAGGAGGAUAUGCCCCUUAUGGAGGAGGCUACCCAGGAACAUUUGGUGCCCAGCCUCCAGCUGCCAAUGAUCCAAUGUGGGGUUACUUCACAGCCAUAGCAGGCCAGGACGGCGAAAUCGACGCAGAGGAGCUCCAGAGGUGUCUAACACAGUCUGGUUUCACCGGCAGCUACUCUCCCUUCAGCAUGGAGACCUGCAGAAUCAUGAUUGCCAUGCUGGACAGGGACUUCACAGGCAAGAUGGGUUUCAGUGAGUUCAAGGAGCUGUUCACGGCGCUGAACGGCUGGAAGCAGAACUUCAUGAUGUUCGACCAGGACCGGAGUGGAACCGUGGAGCCUCAUGAGAUGUCUCAGGCAAUCACUGCUAUGGGCUACCGCGUCAGUCCCCAGGCCCUCAAUGCAAUCAUCAAGCGCUACAACAAAGGGGGCAGGAUCUUCUUUGAUGACUACGUGGCCUGCUGUGUGAAACUGCGAGCUCUCACAGAGAACUUCAGGCGGAGAGACACCAUGCACCAGGGAUCUGUCACCUUCCAGUAUGAUGACUUCAUCCUGUGCACGAUGGCCAUCUAAGCGCUGCCGUCUGUACCACGCAAGGAAGCCAGAGCGUUUGUGUGCCAGUCAGCGGCUGAUUCUGGAUCAGCACCUCACAGGAAGGCAAAGGGAGGCCAGUAUGUUAGACUGAGCGGCCGCCAGCCGCAUCAGGAAAGUACUCAUUGCUUGUAAUGCUUAGUGUAAUGCUUUAGUCUUGUAUGUAACACAGGGAUGUGCUGAAAAUGUAUCGGGGGCGCACACAUAUACACAGAAUAUGUAUCCAACCAUAUUAGAGGGGAAUAUUUGACAUCUCACCACCUUUAAAGCCUUUAUGAGCAGGACCUCUGACUUACAAAAUAAAAGUCACAGAUAUGGCGUAUGACAUAACGUCUUGUGUAAUCGCCAUAAAGUGUCCUCGUAGAGGCUUUAAAGGAGGAAGAGGUCCAGUUUAAGAAUGAAUCUACAAGCAAGACUGUAAUGAACAGUUCUUCUGACCUGUGAGACACCUGUUGUGCCAUUAUAAUAUCUGAAUGUAUGUUCUAACAUAGUCAAACAUAUAUAUACGUAUAUAUGUUAAUGAUUGACUGUUUGCAGCAUGAUGAUGCUGGUUUGCUUUUCCACUGACCUUUAGACAGCUACGAGCUUUAUUGGUAUGCAUUAAUAUUACUGCUGUAGAUGCAAAGUAGUUUGAUGUUUAACGUGAUCACAAGCCAAAGCGACUGAGAGCUGAUUGCAUCACGCUGAUGGCGGUUCUAGACGACAGGGAGAACCGGGAGUGUCGCCACAGAUCUACAGGAUGCUCAUGUGCCUGAGAUUUUGCAGCUGUUUUGUUUCCAGGUUUCUGUACAAACAUGACCACGUUUUCAGCUCCACACAUUUUCAGUGUUGUAAGAAAUCCAUAUUUUGUUACUCACAGUAAACACCUUUUAAUCAGUA